AUGAAGCGCCACAUAGUGAAAAAUGUACAAGAUUCAAUAUUAAAUAAGUGUUCAUAUAGAAAGAAUAAUGGCGGUUUAUUAUCAGGUUUGAAGUAUACUUGUAAAGAUAAUAUAGUGACAGGAAAUUUGUCGGGUGGAAUUUUGACCACAGCAUCAUCAAAUGUUUUGAAAAAUUAUCAAAGUCCAUUCAAUGCUGAAGUUGUGAAGUUAUUAUAUGAUUCAGGGGCUGAGUUGUCUGGUAAAGUAAAUCUAGAUGAGUUUGGUAUGGGAUCGAGUGGAUUAAAUUCUGCUCCCGGCCCUACUUUAAAUCCAAUUUAUCCAGGUAAAAUUGCUGGUGGUUCAAGUAGUGGAAGUGCAGCUAGUGUCGCAGCAGAUCUAUGUGAUUUUUCAAUUGGCUCAGAUACUGGUGGGUCAAUUAGGUUACCUGCUAGUUAUUGUAAUGUGAUUGGAUUUAAACCAACUUAUGGUAGAAUUUCAAGGUGGGGAUUAAUACCUUAUGCACAAACAUUGGACACUAUUGGAAUAUUAAGCAAGAAAAUUGAUACAAUAAAACAUGUUUAUUCCGUAUUGAAUAUGUAUGAUGAAAAAGAUCCAACCUCAUUACCUGAAGAACUACGAAAAGAAACACCAGAAACAAACAAGGAACGAUUAAUCAUUGGAAUACCCGAAGAAUUUAUACUAGAGGAUAUAUCCAUAGACGUAAAGAAUACCUUUAAACAAUUCAUACUAAAAUUGAUCAAUCUUGGUCAUGUUGUAAAAACCAUUUCCAUAACUUCAAUCAAAAAAGCAUUACCAACAUAUUAUACUUUGGCAACUGCAGAAGCAGCUUCAAAUUUAUCAAGAUAUGAUGGAACAAGAUACGGCAGUACUAACGAUUAUGAUAAAUUGGACCAAAAUAUAAUUUUUAGAAAUAGAUCUGAAUUUUUUGGUAAAGAAGUUAAACGAAGAAUAAUUUUAGGUAAUUAUACUUUGAGUUCAUCAUCUGGUGAUCAUUAUUUAAAAUCAACUUUGCUAAGAAAGCAAUUGGCAAAAGAGUUUUCCAAAAAUUUUAAUAAUAAACAUGUUCUUUUUCAAGAUGAACAAUUUCAAGAUAAAUGUGAUCUACUAAUUUCACCAACUGCAAUGUCUAAAGCACCUGACUAUGAAACAUUUGAAAAAAGAGAAUCUGAAAAUAUAUUAAAUUCAUAUAUCAAUGAUGUUUUAACAGUUCCUGCUUCAUUAGUUGGAUUACCAACUAUAUCGAUACCAAUAAAUGGAAUUGGUAUUCAAAUAAUGGGUCAGUUUGGUGACGACAAAUUAGUUUUACAUACUGCAGAAGAUGUAAUUAAUAACUUUUAA